AUGAAGCAACCCACCCUUUAUAUCACUGCCUUGUCGUGCUUCCUGCUGGUAUCGGUACUCCCGGGACGAUCUUACACGCACGCUGUUGAGGACAUUGCAAAAACCUCCGAGCUCCGGGAAAUCCCAAAAACAACGACUCCAGAAAAAUUGUCCGAAGUCCAUGACAUGAAAGAACCCCUCUUACCCAAAGAAGGUACAAAGCCUCUUUCUGUCGAACGUCUUCCGGAAGAUGAAAUCUUCAUUCGCGGUCAAACCCUAACGCACAACAGCAAGAUCUAUUCUCACAUCAGUCCAGCCCUCGAAGACGUGAAAAAGCCGUUCAAUUACGAAAAUUACAUCAUUGAUGCAAGAACCGAACUGGAAUUUCUGAACGGAGAACUCACGCGCGUCGAAAAUACGGAAAAGGAGAGGCAAAUGUUGCUCGUCAAAUCACUAGUCGUGCUCAGCCGAAAUCCAAAGUACCAUGGAGAUGCAGUCGCUGCGAUAGAGACAGUCCUAGCAACUAUGGACAGAAAAGAUCCAACAAAACUCCCAAAGUUGAUGCCUUACUUUCAGGCCGCUCACUAUGUGAUGACUAUUAAGGGGGACGAUUACGUUGCACGAUUGCUUAAAGCGGAAGAGGAAGGCCCGGAUAUCGAGGAACAUUUUAAGAGUCUGGAUUGGGAGUCGUGGGUCGAAAUGUUCAGAAAACAGAAAAACGAUCAGGUUCGCGCCGCCUAUCAAAAAUUGACAGUCGGCGAGGCUGCACCGGGCCAAUCGCCGGUCACCGAGGCUGCACCUGGCCAAUCGCCGGUCAUCGAAGCCACACGUCCCGAAUCGCCAGUCGACAAGGCUGAACGUCCCGAAUCGCCAGUCGGAAAGGCUGCAGAAGUGCGAGUUGCCGAGGCUGAACAUCCAGAUGUGCCAGUUACCCAGCCGGCGCCUGCUACAUUGCCAGUCAGCGAAGCUGCACGCACUGAAGCAAUCAGCGAUAUCAUCAAAUGGUCAGCGGGUGUUCUUGAUCCCAAGCAAAGCCACAAGUAUGAAUCAAUAGACUUGCUUUUUGCACUGUCAACUUUAUACUACCACUCGCUACACAAACCCCCGGGCAUUGGUAGUCAAAAUCCUGCGUUUCAAGCACUACUCCGUGCAAGAAAGGCAUGGAGAAAUUUCGAAACAGACGAUGACACGGUUCCUACGGGUAUAGAAGUGACUGCUAAAUUGGCAGCAGAGCAUUCGGCUCCAAUCCGCACAGAAGAGCUUCCAAAGUAA